AUGUACUCCAUCAUUGUGGCAGCUAGUGCUGCCUUCUUUUUCGUCACCUACUUCAUUCUUAGGCCCGUCUUCAACUACUUCCGCGAUGUGAAGGGUUUCCGAAAGUACCCCGCUAUCAACCCCAUUGCGGGUAUCACGAACCUGGGCUUCAUGUGGGAAGCCAGAAAGGGGUUCCGGUCGAAAACGCUCUAUGAAAUGCACAAGAUGCACCCGGUCAUUCGCAUUGGACCAAACUCGUUGAGCUACGGGCGUCCACAAGCUAUCAAGGACAUUUACGGUCACGGUUCUCCUUGCACAAAGGACCUCUUUUACUCAGCCCUAGCUGGCUCGCAUUUCCAUCUUGCAGAUGUGCUCGAUAAGCCCGAACACGCCCGCAAGCGUAAAGUCCUCUCAUCCGCCUACGCCCUCAAGAACCUUGAAGGCUGGGAACACAAAGUCAGCGACAAAACUGCUCGCUUCAUCACCGGCUGCGACAAGCACUGCACCACGCCUCUUAUAAAAGGAGCCCCCGGUCCAGAUCCCAAAGACUUGACCUUCGAUUACCGCGCCUGGACCAACUUCUUCACUCUCGAUGCCAUCGCCGACAUUGGACUGAGCGAGCGUCUCGGUUUCCUAGACCAGGGCUCUGAUCUCGUCCGCGGUGAGAAAAUGAAUGGCGAAAUCCACACAAUCGACUCCUACCGCCGCUGCCUCCAUGCCACCGCUCGCGCCCAGUCCCAAAUCGUCUGGGCCUAUGACUGGUACACCCUCAACGAGAAGAUCACUCGCAUACUCCCCACUUCCUUCAAGAGCCUCUGGAAGCUCAACGAGGGCUGGAACGAUAUCGUUUGGCAUCGCGCUAUGCAGCGUCUGCGCCGCUACCAAGCCGGCGAGAAGCUCGACGACUUCUUCCAAGCGCUGAUGGAAGACAAGAACGGGCAUCCAAACAACCUCGAGUGGGGCGAAAUUGUUGCCGAGGUAUCCAUCAUGAUGAACGCCGGCUCCGACACCACUGCCAUUGCCAUGAACAACGUCAUGUACUGGCUGCUCAAGACCCCUGCUGCCCUAGCGAAACUCCGCGCUGAGAUCGACUCAGUGCUCGAUGAGGACGAAGUAGUCGCACCGUACGACAAAGUGCGCCAUCUGCCAUACCUCCGCGCAUGUCUCGAUGAGAGUAUGCGUAUCACGCCCCCCACUACCUUCGGUCUGCCCCGCCGCACACCACCUGGGGGCCACACCAUCGAGGGCACCUUCGUUCCCGGCGAGACUUCCGUCUCCAUGUCUGCAUACGUCGCCCACCGCGACCCGACCAUCUUUCCGGAGCCAGAAAAGUUCAUUCCUGAGCGCUGGCUGCAGCCAGAUAGCAAGGAUCUGCAAGUGUACUUCAUCGCGUUCAGCGCUGGCGCUCGCGGCUGCAUUGGCCGCAACAUCAGCUACCUGGAGCAAACCGUGUUGCUAAGCAGUGUAAUCCAUCGGUAUGAAUUUGCGCUCCCUGAACAGUCGUGGACGCCAACGUGGAAGGAAAGCAUGAACUGCGCCCCCGAUUCUAUGCCUUUGAAGGUGUGGAGACGCGAGAGGAUGACGGUCGAGGAUGAGAAGGUUGGGCUUUGAGAUAUUGAAGCCAUGAUGAUGGCAAGAGCUCAGUUGAUCUGAGAUAUUUGAGAUGAGAUAGACGGACGGACCAACCAUCUCGGCAUGGAGAGGUUGAUGAUUCUCCAUAAUUGUAGACGCUUUCUUAUAUACCAAUCUGGAAUGAACAAUUACACCUUAUCCAC